AUGUUUCCUCCAGCAAAGAACGGCAGAGACAGGCCAAUCGUUGCUGACUGGAUGGCGGGUGUCCAGUCCCUUCUUCCCGCAGUGGACUUUGAUCACCCCAAUGACAGUGCUGAACCUAAUCGUCACCCGGAUAUUAGUGGUGCGUACCAGAUCAAAUCCGUCUAUAACCCCGCGGUCGCAUAUAGCUUCACCUCCAAAGCAGACCAACUGAUUUAUUAUCUAACAGAUGAUGUAUUCUCAAACCGACUGCCUCUAUUAUGCGACGACACAUUUGACGAUUUCUUCUCGUUCGAUCACGAUGCCAAUGGCAGUGACAAUUCCUACCCCAUCUCCCCAUUGACAGAGAUGGCCCAAUCAGCCAACAUGCGCGCCGACGACGAUCAACGCAGUAGCAGCCCCCGAUCCAAGCGAGCCAACACCACCAACACUACUGCAGGAACACAGCAGCAGCAGCAGCAGCGUGACGCACAGGAUCUCAGGUGUUGGGACCACGGGUGUAACGGGCAGUUGUUUACGACGCUGAGCAACCUGAAGCGGCACCAGAAGGAGAAGUCCAGCCAGCGGCCCUCCUACCCGUGUAAUAUGUGCGGCGCUAUCUUUAGUCGCACUACGGCGAGGAAUCACCAUAUUCAGAACCAGAGCUGUAAUAGAAUCCGACGACAUUCUAAUGGGAGGGUGCGACCGAACAGAGCGUUGAGGUCGUUGACGCAAUAG